CCUCAAAGACCACCGCCACUCUGGAUUUUCUCACGCUGUUCUUCUAAACAGCUUUCCAGAGUAUCCCGCAGCUGGGUUUCCUCCAGCUCCAGAUCUAUCCACACCUGCCACUCCUCGAACUCCUUCCGAUCGGCGAGCACUCGAGCUCUGGCUUGCUCGUAACUCAUCACACCUGAUUCAGGUGUAGUUUGCACGAGCGCGAUCAGGAAAUUGUUGUCGCGUGGCAGGCGGUCCAUGAGACUGCGGAAUUCCGUCACCGCAGUCUGGAUCUGGGUCAGCUGGAGGUUAAGCUGGAUCUCCACAGCGCCCAGCGCUGGAACGGUGGCCAUUGUUUGCACUGUCGUUAGCAGUGCGCCGUGUGUUCUCUCGUGCUCACGGAGACGCUGGUUCAGUUGCCUGAGUCGCGUUGUGAUCUCCGUGAGCACGGUGAAAGAAAAGUUUUGUAGGGCGUUGCCCCCUGUGCCAGAUGAUUGCUCGUUGUUGCAGCUCAUAGUGCUCGGCAAUUCUGGUUUCUGGUACUUUGUGAUUUUGUUUCUAUUCUUGAUAGGUUUCAUUAAUUUUCAGGGAGGCUUGUAUCGCGCUGUCAUGUGUUGUGUUUUUGCAGUUGCUGUACCUGUUGUUGCCUUUCUGCAAAGACGGCACUGUUAUACGGGCCUUGAAAGAGAACUUAUUUGUGCCACAUAUGUUGGGUCAAUUUUAGGUGCUUGA